UGGUGGAAAUGCGAGAAUAGGAAGUGUCGCUCAGUUGUAGAGCUUAACAUGGAUAGCUGGUAUUAGCUGGUCGAUAACAAUUUCAGGCAAAAAUAUUUUUCAUUUCCCCGGUGUGUAAUAGUUUUAAGAGGUGCAAGACAACCAUUUUUAGACCGAGGAGCUGUGUCUCUUUAAAACACUGCGCUGCUUGGAAGGUGUUUUACGUGGCUGUAGUAGCCUGUCAGCUAGCAGCGAAACGUCAAUUCAGCCUGUUACUACUUAGCUAGCGUAGCUUUGAACUGAAAUGUGUUAGCUCGUUGGACAUCUAGAGUGACUAAACUAACCAGGUUGUUUCCCAGUGAGAGUGCCGUUUCGUGUUUCUUAGUGUGUGUGAGUUUAUUAAUGCUACGUGUAAUAGUGUGACUCGACUGUAACUGGAUGUUUAGUCAUAGACACAGCAGCAGUCACAGCUAGCACAUAGUUAGCUUGUCAACAAUGGGCUAUAAAAGGUAUUUAAAGACGGCAAGAUCGUUUUAUUUGUUGAUCAUUCUGAUACUAGUCGCUGCCAAAGGAAUCACAGCUGAUGAAGAGCAACACGUAGAUGACGGACCAGAGCUAAAGUCUUACCAUGACCCAGACUCUGAGGAGGAGGAUGUUCGUCUGACAGCAGAAAUUGUAGCUGGCGCUUCAGUGACCUCUGGCCAUGACGUCUCACCGCCAGAAGAGGAGAAACAAUCACCUGAAGAUGGACUGGAGGGAGAGGAGAAGGAAGAUCUGCCUGAGCAGCCUCCUCCAGUUCUAGAGAAACCUAAAGAGGUUCCUGUUGUAAAUGGAGGUACAGCACAUGGAGAGCCCUGUAUCUUCCCUUUCCUCUUCCAGGGGCAGGAGUACUCGGACUGUUCCACUGAUGGACGGGGGGAUGGACGUUUGUGGUGCGCCACAUCUUAUGACUAUGACCAAGAUAAGAAGUGGGGAUUCUGUGAAACGGAGGAGCAGGCGCAGCUGAGAUUGCAGGCGGAGGAGACAGAGGAGCAGUAUCUGUCUAUCCUGCGGGUGCUGAAUGCCACGACCAGGAAGACGCAGAAGAGAGAAUUAUACGAAAAGCUGCAGAAAGUGGCAGACAAAGGUCACCAGAAAGCCAUGGAGAAAGUGGCGUACGCCAUGCUGUUUGGAGACUACAUGAACCAGAACGUCACCAAGGCCAAAGAAAUGUUUGAGAAGCUUGCUGUGGAGGGUUCGCCUAAAGCUCAGACGGCUCUUGGCUUUUUGUAUGCUGCAGGACUUGGUGUUAACUCAAGUCAGGCGAAGGCCUUAGUUUACUACACCUUUGGUGCCCUGGGUGGAAACUUGAUCGCUCACAUGAUUCUGGGAUACAGAUACUGGGGAGGUGUGGGAGUUCCCCAAAGCUGUGAGUCAGCACUAACACACUACAGGCUCGUGGCAAAUCAGGUGGCCAGUGACGUGUCCCUGACAGGGGGCUCAGCGGUGCAGAGGAUCAGGCUGCUGGAUGAGGUGGAGAACCCGGGAUCAACCAGCGGGAUGCUGGAGGAGGACCUGAUCCAGUACUAUCAGUUUCUAGCUGAGAAAGGAGACGUGCAAGCGCAGGUGGGGUUAGGUCAACUACACCUGCAUGGAGGACGUGGAGUUGAACAGAACCACCAGAGGGCGUAUGACUACUUCAACCAGGCUGCAAAUGCAGGAAAUACACACGCCAUGGCUUUCCUUGGAAAGAUGUACUCUGAAGGAAGCGAGUAUCUCCCUCAGAACAACGAGACAGCCCUGCAGUACUUUAAGAAGGCCUCAGACCUGGGUAAUCCAGUGGGACAGAGUGGCCUGGGCAUGGCCUACCUAUAUGGAAGAGGCGUCCCAGUGAACUACGAGCUGGCACUUAAAUACUUCCAGAAGGCAGCCGAGCAGGGCUGGGUGGACGGACAGCUCCAGCUGGGAACGAUGUAUUACAAUGGCAUUGGUGUGAAGCGAGAUUACAAGCAGGCUCUUAAAUUCUUCAACCUGGCAUCACAGGCGAGCCACAUCCUGGCUUUUUACAACUUAGCCCAGAUGCAUGCAACUGGUACAGGAGUGAUGCGCUCCUGCCACACCGCAGUGGAGCUUUUCAAGAACGUGUGUGAGCGCGGCCGCUGGUCAGAGCGCCUCAUGACGGCCUACAGCAGCUUUAAGGAGGGGGACAGUGAUGCUGCACUGGUCCAGUAUCUGCUGCUGGCUGAGCAGGGCUACGAGGUUGCCCAGAGCAACGUGGCCUUCGUCCUAGACCAGAAAGGAGCAAGGAUCUUCAGUGAUAAUGAAACGUACCCGCGGGCUCUGCUCCAUUGGACGAGAGCGGCAGCACAAGGUUACACCGUGGCUAGAAUAAAACUAGGAGACUAUCACUUCUAUGGCUAUGGGACAGAUGUGGACUACGAGACGGCUGUCAUCCACUACAGACUGGCGUCAGAGCAGCAGCACAGCGCCCAGGCCAUGUUUAACCUGGGUUACAUGCAUGAGAAAGGCCUGGGCAUCAAACAGGACAUCCAUCUAGCCAAGCGUUUCUACGACAUGGCUGCUGAGGCCAGCCCUGAUGCCCAGGUUCCAGUUUUCCUGGCCCUGUGCAAGCUGGGUUUAAUUUACACUCUGCAGUACCUGAAGGAUCUUAACUUGAAGGAGCUCAUUUCUCAGGUGGACCUGGACCAGCUCCUGGGCCCAGAGUGGGACCUCUACCUCAUGACCGUCAUCGCACUGCUGUUGGGCACAGUCAUCGCCUACAGGCAGCGCCAGCACCAAAUCAUAGUUCCCCCUCGCCCCCCUGCUCCUGCCCCCCAACCUGCUCCGGCCCCACCUCCAAGACCACCUCAGGAACAGACGCAAGCCCCCGCCGAGCCCCAGGGUCAGGGAGAAACACAAGCCCAGGGCCCGGCCCCAGAGGAGGAGGAGCAACAGUGAGAUGGAGUUGGACCGAAGGACGUGCUAAAAUAUGACUGAGUAGGCUGCUGAACUGCAGUCUGACAAUUCCCUUUCUUUAAUUCAGAUAUGCUGGUCCUGUGGUGAAGACAGACAGGGGGGGGACAUGGACAAUGUUACAGAACAGAGUGUAGAAAGGGAAACACAGACAUGGACUCGCUAAUCUGUGACUCAGGAUACUGCCAGAAUCCCCCCUUCCCCUCUCACCGUGGAAUAACAGUAGUCUCACAGCUUCCAGAUGAAAGGCUUUUUGGACUUUACAGAUCAAAAAAGUCAACAUGUUUGGAAUCUGAUAUGUGCGUUAGUUUCUGCUCACGUUCCCUUCUUCUCAUGAGAAAAUCACACCCAGUCAAGCUGCUUCAAUCCCAAUCUUGAUGUGUUCUCUCACUAAUUAGCAGACUUGAAUAUUUGGCACCUUUGUUGAUGACACUUUGAGUGAGCAAAUUUUGCAAUAAUUUUUGCAUUUAUUAAUGAGUUUGUUUAGUUGACAUAUCAGGUCUUUACCUUUUUGCAUACCUGUAAAGAGAGUUAGAUUUUUCAAUUCAACAUUAGUAACUUUACUUAACACCUUCUGAGGCCAUGCUGUGUCACUAGUAAAAGAACAACAUACCUGUUUAGUGGUUAAUGUUGAAUAAAAAAAAAAAGAGGCUGGACUAGAGCGAUUUUCAACAUUGCAGACACUUAAAAAAAACACGAGAGGCUGCUAAAGUCAAGAGCAAUCUGUCAAUGAAAUCUCUGAUGCUAAUCCUGUUUGAAACAUUUUCCAUCAACAAUCUUUUUUGGGUAAUUUUUGCGCUUGGAUUUGGUCUUAUCCCACAAAUCCUGUGUUUUUUCUAAGCCGUGUGUUAGCUGAGGCAGAACUGGAGCAGCCUUAAAUAUAACAGGAUCUCAAACUCUGGAUUGUCUCUAAAUAUGAGGAAGUGAAAUCUUUUUUUUGUGUGUAUGUGUGUGUUGUCAUUACGCAACUUCAGCUGUUCUUCCACUUCCACCCCCUCACCAAAAGUCCAAGUUGGAGCUGUUGAGCUCUGCCUACACUUUUCAGUUUAGAUAGACUUAAAUCAUAAAAAGUAGGUCUUGUUUUAGGCCAGACAGUAUUUAUGAAAACAAUGAUGAUGAGAAAUAUCUGAUUCUGCCACAUGGAGACCAUUUGUUCAGUUCCAUAAUAUGUGCUCGUUCUAUUAAUUGACAAGUCAUCUGCUGAUACAUCUGCAUGAAGUCAGAACAAACUGAAAAACUGUUAUCUGUAGGAGGAGAAAAAGAAAAUGUUUCCUGCUCAACAUAAUUUGUCUAAAAUGAAACACUGGUGAAGUUGUCGAGCUGACUGCAUUUUUACCAUCGCAGAUACAAGUUUAUAAAGAAAUUAAUAAAUGAUAUAUGGAUAUUUAA